AUGCAUGAACCUAGCAGAUGGUUGAUCCAGUCCCCUUACAAAGCUGCAACAUUUUUUGGAUGCAUUGGAAAAGAUAAAUUUGGUGAGAUUUUAAAGAAGAAAGCUGAGGAAGCUCAUGUGGAUGCUCAUUACUACGAGCAGAGUGAAGAACCAACUGGAACCUGUGCUGCCUGCAUCACAAGUGAUAACAGGUCUCUUGUUGCUAACCUAGCUGCUGCUAAUUGUUAUAAAAAGGAAAAACAUCUUGAUGUGGAGAAGAACUGGAAGUUGGUGGAACGGGCCAAAGUUUAUUACAUUGCAGGCUUCUUUUUGACAGUGUCACCAGAAUCCAUUUUGAAAGUGGCUUCUCAGGCUUCUGCACACAACAAGAUAUUUACCUUGAAUCUUUCUGCACCAUUUAUUAGCCAGUUCUACAAAGAGCCAAUGAUGAAAGUUCUGCCUUAUGUUGACAUCUUAUUUGGAAAUGAGAUGGAAGCUGCCACUUUUGCUCGAGAGCAAGGCUUUGAGACUGAGGACAUUAAAGAGAUAGCUCGGAAAACACAAGCCUUGCCGAAAGUGAACCCUAAACGACAGAGAGUUGUUGUGUUCACUCAAGGGAAAGAUGACACUAUUAUGGCUACAGAAAAUGAAGUAAGAGCUUUCCCUGUCUUAAUUAGUGAUCAGAGUGAGAUUGUUGACACCAAUGGAGCUGGAGAUGCAUUUGUGGGAGGUUUCCUCUCCCAGCUUGUGUAUGACCGACCGCUGACAGAGUGUAUCCGUGCUGGACACUAUGCUGCCAGUGUGAUUAUAAAGCGUUCCGGCUGCACCUUUCCAGAGAAGCCUGACUUUCACUGAUACUGGUCAACCCAGCGGAUCAAGAGGAGACACUGCCUGCCUUUCCCUCCUUCCCUGGUUGUCCUGCAUUGAUGCUUCUGUACUUCUAUUCGCUUGUAUGUUUCACACAUCUCUGUUUUGAUUCCCUGUAUCUGUUUCCAACCAACAGUGUCUUGCAUGCCUUAAAUAAGAGGCCAAGCUCUGUUCAACUUGAAAUUCAUUAUCUUUAGUACAUUUUCUAGCAACAGCACUAUAUGAGAACACCCACGGCUGUUUGGCAACAGUUGACACUUCUAGUAUAUUCCUGUAGAGUAUACAGCCCUGGCUCAUGCUAUUCACCUCAGCCAAGUGAAAAAUCAUUGACAUGUUCUACUAGCUUUAGACUUAAUUAAUAGUAUCGCACUGGUGCACACAAGGAAAAAAUAAUAAUUUGCUCUUUGUGCCCAUGUAUAUUAGACAAUAACUUCCAUCAUCCUUAUUCCAUAACUUCAUUGCCAUGCUGAUUUGGAAGGUGGGAGUUGUAGUCAAAUGUAUCUGAAGAGUGCUAGCUUGUACAAAGCAGCUUUGUGCUCCUAUGUGAUAAUGGGACCCAUGUUCCUAAACACUUAUUGGAGUAAGACUUAGGUCUCAUUUCCUCCACACAGGAUCAAGAUACUUUUGAUAUAAAUAAAUCCCAUUAAAAGACUCUCACUAGUUGGGAGCUUAAGGUUGUAUCUCAUAGUAUUAUAUAUGUGUGUGUGUAUAUAUAUAUAUAAAUAUAUACAUGUGUGAAAAUGAAGUACAGAAAUACUCAUGCAGGCUAUCUCAUCAAGAUAUGCCAAAAGAAGUCUUUUAUUUCAGCGCACAGUUUUAAGACAAUAAGGUACUUCAAAUAAAUGAGAGAUUUUAUUUCUACUACAGUAUUCAAAGGAGACAUUCUGAAAAUGUCAUUCAUUACUUUACUUUGUAAUUUGAUACUGAUAAAUAAAACAAUUGUGAUACAGGA